GUAUCGCGCGUGCGCAGUCACGAGCUCUACAUAAAACAGUCCCCAGUGGGCAUCUUGCGCUGUGCUGGUUCUUCACAUCAUCGACUGAUUGUAGGGUCUUAAUUGGUCGCGUCGCCAUGGCAUCGAGCGGGUAUCUGCAGGCAGCGGUGCUCCUGGCUGCAGUUGUGUUGUGUUUGGGAGCAGCUGAAGCGGACCAGGACGCGGGCUCUGUGAUCCCUGCUGAAAGUCGCCCAUGUGUGGACUGCCACGCUUUUGAAUUCAUGCAGAGGGCCCUGUUGGAUUUGAAAAAGACUGCUUUCAACCUCGAUGCCAGGACAGAAGAUCUGGUGUUACGGGCUGAGAGGAGAGCUCUAUGCGACUGUAUGGCCAGUGUUUCACUAGGCUGAGGGCUCCACCUGCUGUCACUCUUUCCUCAAAAACCUCUGCUGAUGUAUCCGCGUCUUAACUUAUUCAAACAAUAGGCACUUUAUUUUCUUUUAUUGUCAAGUGGAGCUUUCAGUUCAUUUGUACCAUGCCUUAUUUGGGAUGUCUUUUAUACAACUGAUAAUUUAGAUUGUGAAACACGCCUACAAAACACUAUUUUGUAUAGCUGUAAAAUUAGACUACUCCUCAUCCGUGUUAAAUGAAAUAAGUUUUUCUACUUUGUUGUAUUUAGUUGAUAAUGUAGAUAGAAUAGUAGAAUACACAAGUACAUAUACUGAAUGUGUUUUAACAGCUGUUUACGAUUGUUAUACACAUUAAACUGUAGCAUCUAAUAUAAGUUAUGAAACAAGAUAUUCAUGUUUGUAUCAGUAUCAUUUGCUAUUUAUUUCUGCUAAUUAGUCAGUUAACUGGUUACUUUACUAGUUUUUAAAUUUGUAAAGAAAUGUCAUGAAGUCAGCAAUGAAAUGUGAUGUUUUUCAGCACAUGUCUUGACUUAGCAAAGUGUAGCAUGAAGAUACAGCACUUUUUGUUCAUAUAGAUUCUAUGUUUACAUCUGUACACGGGUAAUGUUUGUCUUAUGUGUCUAAAGUCUAAAAACGUGUAUGCAAGAAUAGUAAUAGGACAUAUAUUAUUAUUAUUAUUAUAUGGAUUAAAAAGAGCAAGGGAAGGACAGAGACAUGGCCUGCUGUGUAACUAUGGAAUGACUUUAAAUGUUCAAAGUCUGUCUUGUUGUAAAAUAAAAACAAGUUACAGUCCUUACAA